AUGGCAAAGACCAGAGGAGGCCUUUCCGCCUCCCCAUCCUCACCGACACCGCGACCACAUCAAGCUGCCAUGGGAACCGUAGCUUCGCCCCCUGUUCAGGCCCCGGCUAUUACCCCAUUUGAGGGGGGAACCCCUUCUCAGCGCCGAUACCCCACCAGGAGGCCACCCACGCACCCUGUGCAACCAGCAGAUCAAGCCACAAGACCUGCUUCUCGACCCCCUGCGAAGAGAACCAAGUUCUCGGGUCCUGGAGAGCCAUCCCAUGCGCCUCAGGCAGAGCCGCCUACAGAGGAACCUCGGAUUCCUGUGGGGAUUCCUCCCGAGACCGUUAUCAGGCAUCCCAUGAUAGCUGCACCACCGAUAGAGGAGCUACCCCAAGAUGAGCAGAUGCCUCAGGCCCAGCAGGAUGAGAUUCUCACAGAGACCACACCUCCUAUCCUGUGGACAAAUUCUAGUUCAAGUGGACAAAUUCUACUAUCCUGUGGAUUUUGUGGUCCUUGA